CGACAUUUGAAUGCCUGCAACAACAGACCGCAUCGAAAAUUGGAUGGCACAAUGGCUACCACAAUCAAGGGUCCCGUUCACAGGUUCGGUCGCAGUAUACUGAAUGGUCGGUUGGGUCGCAACCUGAUGCCGCGUGUGGCUAGCGAUCAGAAAUACCUCUCUUCUUCAUCAUCGACGCCGUCGCAGGUUUUGAUGGAAAACAUUUUCCGUGGCCCGAAUGCGGAGAGUGGCGACGAUGCGUCUUGCAUGGUCACGAAAAUCACUCUCAAUCGCCCAAAAGCCAAUGCAAUGGGGAGAGAAAUGAUCCAGGGGUUACAGAACUGUUUGGACAUUUUGGAACAAGGCAACAGCGACGACUACGACAACAACGACAACAACGAGAACAACGAGACCCACAACGACGACACGGACGAGAGCCGACGACACUCCUCCGGUGGCUGUCGGUGCCUGGUUCUGACCUCCUUCUCGGACAGGGUCUUCUCGGCCGGUGCGGACCUGAAGGAGCGUGCUACCAUGACCCAGGACGAGGCCGCCGAGUACGUGACGCUGCUCCGGGACACGAUGGAACGCUUCGCCUGCCUUCCGAUGCCCGUGAUCGCCGCCAUCGAGGGGGUGGCGGUCGGCGGGGGCCUCGAGCUGGCCCUGGCGGCGGACAUCCGCGUCGCCUCAUCAAAGGCCGUCCUGGGAUUCCCCGAGACGUCGCUCGCGAUCAUCCCCGGUGCCGGGGGGACCCAGAGGCUCCCGCGGCUGGUCGGGGCGUCCCGCGCCAAGGAGCUGGUCUGGACCGGCAGGAGGCUCAGCGGCCGCGAGGCCGGGGAGUGCGGGCUCGUGACGGACGUGGUGCCCGAGGGGGGCAGCGCCACGGAGCGUGCGCUGGAGCUCGCCUUUGCGAUCGCCGCCCACGGGCCCGUCGCCGUCCGGGCCUCCAAGGCGGCCAUCGACGAGGGGGGCCGCUCGGCGUCCAUGGCCGAGGCACUCGACGUCGAGCGCCGGUGCUACGCCAGGGUCCUGCCGACGGAGGACCGCCUGGAGGGCCUGGCGGCCUUUCGGGAGGGACGGGCGCCGAACUACAGGGGGCGGUGAACCGACCACCGCGGACGGAUGCCGGCGGGCACGCACCGGCAGACCACCAACCACCGGCGAGGAAGGAUGGACGCCGGGGCGGAAGCAGACGCGAUCGAGGAGGAUCACCGUAGCGAAAUGCCACGCCCACUGCAUGCAGUCGGUGUUGGUAUGUGAAACCAUAGAAGCACAUUGUAGAUGCAAACACCAUUGUCGUUUACACGAAGACAGUAGUAGUAGCAGCAGCAGCAGUAGUAGUAAUUCAGACAAUGCGGAUCAUGGAUAGAAAUCGUGUGGGUGUUUUGAAUGUAUGCAAAUAUCCAGUGGCAUUUGCAGAAAUAAUCCACAAAUAGUGGUUGUCGUUCCCUCGCAACAACCACUACUAGCAAUUUGUUUUGUGGAGAUGCAUUUUCUAUUGGAAGCCUUUACUGAAAAUUAUUUUGAGUCUCGUUGGGACAGUUACAAAGGUGCCCAAUAUUUGUAAGACUCCUGGUAAGAAAGAGAGGCAGCAAAGCAACCAUUCUCUCUUUGAAUAAAAUUUCUAUCGAAAUGUCUGCAAUCAAAGCAAGAACUUCUCACAUGCAACCAAGAAAUUGAACAUCAGUACUCAUCCUCACCAGUUCUUGCCAACAAUUAUUUUCUUGUAGGGAGCAGGAAAGCACAAGUACUACUAGGAAGAAGAGAGGAUCCGUAUAACAAUGAUUUCUGAACAAUUUCUUCUUCCCAUCACCAAGCAGUUUCCAUGCAACCAAGAAUCUUGUAAAGAAACUUGCAAGGAUUGUUGUUUGUGUUUGCUUUUCUUGAAGAAAGAAAAAAGCAACAAGAAGAUCAAGAAGAAGAAGAAUAGGUAGGAGGAGUCAUGCACCAGCACCAGCACCAUCACCAACAACAAUGUUCUUGCACCAAAGGGUGAAAAUGAGUCAGUAAUGAAUAUAAUUUCCUUGUUUCUCUGAAAUUGGGGAAAGGAGCACAUCAUGGAGUCCACCAUAAGUUAGUUCCAAGAAGCGAUUUCAUUCCCAUCAACAUACUUUACUUCGAAGUAAAAUAAGUUGAUGUACGGUACGAUACAAACAUUUCGAUUGAUGCAUAUGGGAAUCUAUUGGGUCAUUCUGAUUUUAGGGUGGAUUGUAAUUGGUGUAUCCGUUCUGAAACUUGGUUCCAUGGUUCUCACGAGUGCGGUGCCGUUGGUUCUGCUCUGCUUCGAGUAUCGUACGUGUUCGUUGUCGUUUAAAAAGCAAAAGCUGAUUGGCUUUUUGAACAGGUCACCACGCGCUCGCACCGUCACGCGCGUCACAUACAGCCCCACGUAAUAAAUAAGGACGAAAAUU